GAGAUUUGGAAAAUGGCAGCAAAGGUGUGUAGUAUCUGUAUCUCUUCUUCUUCUUCUCUUUCCACCCUACCUUCACUCUUCUUCCCCUCCAAAUCAUCGUCACCUCCUCCUAUCUGUUGCACCCUCUUUCAGUCACCACACAGGAAGAGGCCUCAGUCUCAGCGUUCCAAAAUUCGUGCGAAACUAGGUGGUGGAGAUGGAGAUGUGAAGCCAGCAGGGAAGAAAAAGUUCAUCACUAGAGAAGAAGAACCACAGCAGUAUUGGCAGACAGCAGGAGAGAGGGAGGGGGAGAACCCCAUGAAGACUCCUCUGCCCUACAUUAUCAUUUUUGGUAUGUCGACACCCUUUGUCAUCUUAGCGAUUGCUUUUGCUAAUGGUUGGAUCAAGGUGCCUGUGCGGUGAUCAUGAGCUGACUAAUUAUUCAGGCCGGCCGCCGGCGACUAGCAUUUCAACAACUCAAUAUUAAUCCUUCUUCAUUCCAUGUUAUAUAUGUAAAUCCGAUGUCAUACUACCGGAUACCAACUUCAACAUCUGUUUGCGCAUAUUUGUUUCUUUAUGGAUCGAUCCCAUUUUUCCGCCA